AUGGCUGACUACGUCUUCCGCGAUGAGCACUCCCACACUGCAGUUGAAAAUAGACAGUGUCUCCUUUCAUGGUUUGAGAAUGCAACUCUCAGAGGCGGGGCAUGGAAUUUCUUGACCCUUGCUGCGUACCUCAGUUAUUCGCCGCUGAGCUCGAAAGAGCUGAGCGGCAUUAAAAUCUUUUAUGAAAACUACGAACCGAAUUAUUUGGUAAUCCUCAACUCCUAUCUGAUGAAAAUCGCCAUGUGGGAGCAGCCGGCAGUGAAAGCAUUUGAAGAUGAAGAGCAAGACCUCGGUCCAUCGCAAAGGCAUACUCCUGAAACACCCUCGACAGAGUCACCGUUUUCAUUUGAGUUUGAAGAAAAGGCCGAUGUCACCAACUCUACCGGGAGCACCUCUCCAAGCAAAGUUGUAUUGCAGCAAGCACAAUCGCGUAUCCAGCAACAAGCCCAACUACAAUCGCCAUCUCCAAGAAAGUCGUGGCCAAGGAAGGUCAUUCAAGUGUCAGAAGUGCAGCCAAAGUUAUACUCGCAAAGACUAUCUGAUAGCCCACGGAGCAAGGAUAAAGCACCAUUUCUAUUACCACAAAAGAGACGGAGACCUCCCAUGAGGCGCUCGAUUUCGCUAGCUCUCGCAUCGUCAACCUUGGGGACUGGAGAUUCCUCUAAUACUAAUUCUUCUAUAUACGAGAAGUUACUCUCAGCCGUCGACUGGGAUCUCAUUCGUGAGAGCCAGCCCAACGGCUGCCUAGGCGGUUGCGACGAUGAAGGUGGGGAUCGCGAGGAACUUCGUUUUGACCCCUGGCGAUUAUGUGUGAAGAGCUGGAAGAUGGGCUUUUCCAGGUGA